AUGUCUGUUCAAAUAUAAUUUGUUUAUGAAUUUAUAUUUAAUGAGAAAAUCGAUUGUUAUUAAAAAGCUGAGGACAAAGUUGAUGAUUCUGAAUCUCAUAUCGACUUCAUCUUGUUUUCCACAGAAAAAAAUGAAAUUCACAAAAAUCAUUAUGCCAAUGCAAGAUGA